UUUGCCCUGCAGUCAGCCGGGUCUCACUUCAGAGGAAGUCCUGCCCUCGGGCUGCUCUGUCAACACCAAGCCACGCACGUGACAGCCUGCCAGCUCACAGGCAUCAGCUUCGCAACGAUGCCGAGCUCCACCACGACAGACGGGAAGCUGGAUCUCUCCAAACUCACAGAUGAGGAGGCCGAGCAUGUUUGGGAAGUUGUCCAGAGAGAUUUCGGACUGAGGAAGAAGGAGGAGGACAGACUUGGGGAUUUAAAGACCAAGAUUGAAAAAGAAGACACCAAGAGGGAGUUGCUGGGCAACCAGACCAGCCUGGCCGAGUCCCACUGCAUUCGAUGUCUGCAGCCCUUCCAGUUCCUGGUCAACAGCAAGCGUCAGUGUCUGGACUGCCAGCUCUUCAUCUGCAAGUCCUGCAGUCUGUACAACAAGAAGGAGCUCGGCUGGGUGUGUGAUCCCUGUCGCAUGGCCAGGGUCCUGAAGAUGGGCACUCUGAAGUGGUACCACGAGAACGUCCGCGCCCGCUUCAAGCGCUUCGGCAGCGCCAAGGUGAUGCGAUCGCUCUCCCGGAGGCUGAGCGGCGAACGCAGCCGCUCUCAGGAUGACCUGGAGGAGCCAAAUGAAUAUGAUACGGAGAGCAUACCGGAGGUCCACAAUGGGUACGAGGAGCACAGUCUGGACGCGGCGGACUCAAAACACGACAAGGCGAUGAAAAAGACCAAAAGGCGGUUAACCGUCGACCCCUUUGAUUUCGAGCUGGGCGGCGACUUCUUGAUGGAAUCGAGAGGACGGCCCAAUCAGGCGGCCGUCCCCCGAGACAUCGAGGACAUGGACGUCGUUGAGAGGGAGUCCAUGCUCACUGAGGCCGAUGUGGCCUCUGGUUUCCAAAGGAUGUUCAAGGAGCAACGCAAAGGCCUGGACCUGGGAAUGACUCCACAGCAAGAUGACCUCACGUACCCGGACGGCCACGCCGCUCCGUCUCGCUCCGCCUCCCGGCUCAGCUGCUCCUCCGGCGGCAGUGGGAGCGCUCGGUGCCCCCAGGGCAGCGGCAGCAGCGACCCGCCCGGCCCGGAGGACUCGGAGGAGGACGAGCCCUGCCGUCUCUCCCGGUCCCACCUGGGCCCCCGCAGCCACACCUCCCAGGAGAGCCUGACCUCAGCCAACCCCCCACCGCAGAUCACUGACCAGAACCGACGCAUGUCCGCCAUCGAGAGCAUCCUGAGCCACUUGGAGCUGAAGGUCACCUCAACACACGAUGAGCCGGGCCAGGCUCCUCCCACUCCAAGCAGCACCUCUCCUCUUCCUCAGUAUGAGGAGGAGGACUUAGAGGAGCAGCAGCUGAGGCAGAAGCUGCUCAAGAUGACGGACAACAUCAGUGACCACGACCUGACCUCCGACGAGGACGAGGCCGGCGGGCCGCUCUCCUCCCAAGAGAUCCCCGUGUGGAGGAGCCCGGAGGGGGAGGCCACACCCACCAGAAUACCCACCAGAAUACCCACCAGACCCACAUCCAGGACCAGCAUCGUCCUCUGCAGGCUGGAGGAGGAGCGGCCGGAGACCCGGAAGGUGAACCGCUCUCCAGACAGCCUGGAGAGGAAGUGGCGCCCCCUAGAGGAGGGCUCCCAGACCGCGUUCAGAGGCUCAACAGCCUUACUGGUCGAGCUGGAGGAUCGAGAUUCAUCAGGCGGCCGCGCCGUCAGCCCGGCAGGCGGAGUGAGCCGAGACCCGACGCCCAGCUCACGGGCCCAUCACAGGAAGAAAGAAAGGUAA